AGUUCGCCUUCCGUUAACUGGGUGUCGCACUGGGCCAGGGUGCGAGUCGCGCGCAGUAGACAACCCUUCUGUCCUGCUCAGAAGUUUCUCAAAAGGGCGGCGCUCUUCUCGCGAGCGCAGUUAAAGAGCGCGCUCCCGACCGGAGCGGAACGAGCGCAAUGCCGAGCGCGUCUUCCUCCUCACGCCACGGGAACUUAACGGGACCGCGUCCGACGCGAAGAACAACAAGACGUUAACGCCUGAAGAGCGCUUGUGGGCAGUGCGUGCACGCGUGUGUGUCGUGGUGUGUGUGUGUGUGUGUGUGUGUGGGCGCCGCGUUGGGUCGGUGGGAAACGCGCGGACACCAUGGCCGCUGGGCGCAGCUCGGUGAGCGCGCUCAUGCAGCAGCCCGAGGCGCCGAGCUCCAGCGACUCCCCGCCGCCGCACGGCUCCGAGGACGAGGAGCAACACGGCGGAGCGGCGGCGCCCCACGACCCCGAGUGGACCGAGGAGAGGUUCCGUGUUGACCGCAAGAAGCUCGAGCUCAUGCUUUUAGCUGCCGCUGAAGGGAGGGUGAAUGGAGGCGAGGAUUUCUUUCAGAAGGUCAUGGAGGAGACCAAUACUCAGAUUGCAUGGCCUUCAAAGUUGAAAAUUGGUGCCAAGUCUAAGAAGGAUCCACAUAUCAAAGUAAGUGGGAAAAGGGACGACGUGAAAGAAGCUAAGGAGAAGAUCAUGUCUGUCCUCGAUACGAAGAGCAAUCGCGUGACUCUGAAAAUGGACGUUUCACACACCGAGCACUCACACGUCAUCGGCAAGGGAGGCAACAACAUCAAGAAGGUGAUGGAGGAUACGGGCUGCCACAUCCACUUCCCUGACUCCAACCGCAACAACCAAGCGGAGAAGAGCAACCAGGUGUCUAUUGCAGGCCAGCCGGGAGGAGUGGAGGCAGCCCGGGCCAGAAUCAGGGAGCUGCUGCCUUUGGUGUUAAUGUUCGAGCUGCCGGUCAUAGUACAGCUGAACCCUGACCCCAGCUCUCCAGCCAUCCAGCACAUCUCUCAGACAUACAACGUCUCUGUGGCCUUCAAGCAGCGUUCAAGGCUCUACGGUGCUACGGGGGUUGUGAGGGGCUCUCAGAACAACAUUGCAGCUGUGAAGAGGGGAACGGCCAUGUUGCUGGAGCACUUAGCCGGGAGCCUGGCAAGCGCCAUUACCGUGAGCACGCAGCUGGACAUCGCGCCUCAGCACCACCUUGCCAUGAUGGGCCGCAACGGCAGCAACAUCAAGCACAUCAUGCAGAGAACCGGCGCGCAAGUGCACUUCCCCGAUCCAAACUGCCCGCAAAAAAAAUCGACCGUCUAUAUCCAGGGCACCAUCGACUCUGUAUGCCUCGCACGCCAGUACCUCAUGGGCUGCCUCCCACUGGUCCUGAUGUUUGAUAUCAAAGAAGAUGUUGCAGUAGAUCCACAGUGUGUCACAUCUCUCAUGGAACAGCUGGAUGUGUUCAUCAGUGUCAAACCCAAACCUAAACAGCCUAGCAAGUCAGUGAUAGUGAAGAGUGUAGAGAGGAACGCUCUGAACAUGUAUGAAGCCCGGCGCUAUCUGCUUGGCCUGGACAGCAGUGGAGUGUGUGUGUCCAUCUCCACCUCCUCCAGCAGUAGCAGCAGCAGCAGCCCUCCGUCCGCUUUGACCCCUACUCUCAGCUGCCCUGUGGGCAUCGACAUCCUCACCUCUGCCGGCUUGGGUCUCACCAGCCUGGGUCUGCUUGGUCCUACAGCUGCUUCUCUAAGUGCCCCGUCCACCCCCAACUCUCUCCUUAACGCCCUCAACAGCUCUAUCAGUCCCCUGCAUGUCCCCUCCUCUGGAACACCUAGUCCUACACUUUGGUCCAACUCGCUGGCCAGUCCAACUAGCACACCAGGUUUUUCAUCGCCCCUGAUGAUCCAUCCAGCCACUCAGGCCACACUGACCAACAUCCUGCUCCAGAGUUACACGCAGAAUACACCAUCCCCUCCACCUGGCCUUGCCCCAAUAGACCCACAGGUCAAUGGAGUCACAGACUGCAGCAAGGCCGUUUCCUCCCUCAACGGCAAGCACUCCAGCUCUAUGUACAGCAGAAUGGCCACUUCCUCACUGGCUGACAAAGUUCUGAAUGCGGCACAUGGAGAUCCUGCCCAGGACGCCAGCACACACUGUCCCUCUGAACCACUGUCCAGCAAGUCCAGUCAGGAUCAAGGAUCUGAUACUUUCGUGGAGGUGGGCAUGCCGCGGAGCCCCUCACACUCGGGCAACAGCAGUGAACUAAAGCAGAUGCUGGCCUCCUGUAAAACAGCCUCAGGCAAGAGGCAGGCUGUGGAGUUACUGCAGGGCACAAAGAACUCUCAUUUACAUUCUGACUGUUUGCUUUCCGACUCGGACUCCAGUGCUUCCGAGAGUCCCGUGGCAGAUAAACGGGCUCCAGGCAGUGAGAGAGCAGCCGAACGAGCCGCCCAGCAGAACUCAGAGCGCAUCCGUCUCCCGCCGCAGUCCUCCUUCUCCAACAUGCAGGCCUUUGAUUAUGAGCAGAAGAAGUUGCUGGCAACCAAAGCCAUGCUGAAGAAGCCGGUAGUGACAGAGGUGCGAACGCCAACAAACACGUGGAGUGGCCUGGGUUUCUCCAAGUCCAUGCCUGCGGAAACCAUCAAGGAGCUGCGUAGGGCCAACCAUGUGUCCUACAAGCCUACAAUGUCCACUACUUACGAGCAGGGAUCUCCGCUAUCGCUGUCACGCUCCAACAGCAGAGAAGGAGUGGGAAGUGGCAGCGACUCGGACAACUGGAGGGAGAGGAACGGGAGCGGGCUCCCGUCACACAGCGAUUUCCCAACACCUAUCAGUCCCAAGAGGAAGCAGAACAAGUCAGUGGAACACUAUUUGAGCAGCAGCAACUACAUGGACUGCAUCUCCUCAGUGACCGGGAGUAACGGCUGUAACCUCAGCACCUCUGUGAAAGGCUCCGACCUGCCAGAGCUCUUCAGCAAGCUGGGCCUAGGGAAGUACACAGAUGUCUUUCAGCAACAGGAGAUUGACCUGCAGACGUUCCUCACUCUGACCGAUCAAGACCUGAAGGAACUGGGCAUCACCACAUUUGGAGCUCGCCGGAAAAUGCUGCUGGCCAUCUCAGAUCUGAACAAGAACCGAAGGAAACUCUUUGAGCCACCAAACAUCCGGUCUUCGUUCCUGGAGGGCGGCGCCAGCGGGCGUCUGCCACGCCAGUACCAUGCCGACAUUGCCAGUGUGAGUGGGCGCUGGUGAGCCCUGGUCCAUCCGCCCUUAUGUUACUGAUGCACAGACAGCCUUAACUGCACAAAGCCAAUCCUGAUGCCUUAAUAAACAAUACUGGACCAAACCCUGGGAAUCAGUGCCAAAAAAAAACACACACACACAAAGAAUGUCUUUGGAAAGGAGGUUGAGUUUGGAGGACUUGUGUAAAUGUUGAUUAUUAUGUACAAUAUGGUACUCUAUGCAGUAUAGUACUCAUGUGGAAAUGAAGGGAAUGCUGAAGGAUUCAUAAAGCUCCUGCACUGUUGUUGUAUAAGGAGCUAUCUGUGUACUUAGUUCAAUUUUUUUAUUUAUAUCCUUGUCUUAGACUUGUGUCAUACUAAUUCUUUGCACUUUAAGAGUACUAAAUACUUUGCCUGUGGGCUGAUUCCUCUCUAGUCUGCCCUACAAGAUGUGCAUGGAGCGUAUAUAGCACUUACAAGGUUUCGAUUAAGACCCUACAGGUCCUCUUUUUAUUUUCAGCUUUUUAAUCAUGAUGCAUUGGAACUCCAAUUGUUUACUCCUCACUUUCAUUCAUACAAGAUACAUUUCAAAGAGAAUUUUUAGGCCUCUUUGGUUAGCUGACACACGAACAAAGACCCUGACUGCAGUCUCUCUGAUCAUCACCAGCAAGCCACAGGUGUGCAUCGGGACUAGGAUUGCAACCAAAAAAGAAAAGAUCUCGGACUCAGCAAGCCUCAAUUUAAGAUCUUACUACAUACAAAGAAAGUAUGUAGCUGUACCACGGCAUUGUCUCAGUUUGGAGGGGAUUUUAGUUCAUUGUGUCAUUCUUAUGUUAUGUUCCAGUAACAGCAGUGCAUUUAGCAAAAAGCUAUUAGCACUAGAUGGUGUAAUGCAUGAAAAAAAAGACAGAAAUGACAAAUUUAUUUAUAUUUUAGAAAAUGUAACCGAGUUCCUCUGGAAAAUAUUGCAGAUGGAUAUAAAUAAAAAUAACUGUAGGUAGCAGGUGCGAUUGGUCAGACUUGGGCAGCAGUGCCAACAUUUAUGGUUUAGCCAUACCAUGUAUUGCUUUUUACCCCAUUUUAUCGCUAUGGCGAUACUGGAGUUGCCUGAAAACAAUGAUUCCAUACUCUUUUUCAGAAAAAGCAGCAGUCAGACCAAACAUGAAUAAAAUUCUCCCAGUGGAAACACAAAUUCACUGAAGGGGAAAGGACGCAGGACAUGAUUUGCUCUUGGUACUGGUUAUUUCUUUUCACGCUGGCUUUAUCUAGGUGAACUUUGACCUGUGAAUUUACAAAUCUCGGAUUUGUCAGCCAGUAGCUUCUUUGAUUGUGGUAACUUUGAUUGUUUAAAAAAAAUGGGAUAGCUGCUUAUUAUUAAGUAUCAGUCACACCAGCCCCCCACCCCACCCCACCCACACAUUCUUCUCAUUGUUUCCUGGCACACAUCUGAAGGAAAUUAGCUGUUUUCUCUCUAACUCCCAGGAUUUUCUUGUUAGCAACCUUUACUUCCCUUCACACACCUCUACCAAGGCUGAAACACACACUCACACACUCAGUGUGAAUAUUUGAGCAAAUCCUGAGCAUUACUAAUGGAACGCUUAGUUUGCAAGGUUUUAACUACCUCUUCGUCUGCCUUUCACCACUUUCUUUAUGUUACACAACUUUAAAAUAAGACAUUUCGAGAGUUCAGUUGUGUGUUUUAUCAGAUUCAUGCAAAUUGUAGGUUCCUUAUGUGAUAUUGCAGAAGCAAGGGUACGAGUUGCAUAAUCUGGUCAGCGUAGAUGCACGCAAAACUGUGAAUGUUACCAGUCGUUCUCUCACGGUUCAAUCCAUCAAGUGCCUUUUUCGAAGCUUUUCAAAAAAAAAAAAACCCCAUCUGUAGUAUUUCAUAACAUUACAGCGUUUUGACAUGGAUGUACAGUAGCUAAACCACUCAUGGAAUAAUCUCGCAGCGCAUUGCUUAAUCUUUACAUGUAUAGUAUUAUUGUAUUUGCAUUUAAUUGUUCCAUAUGUUGUGUAUGACCUUACAUGUGAGUAGAGGUACUGUUGAAAUACAUAUUGUGCAUAUUGCAGUUUUAUAGUCUUUUAUACUUUUGCCUACUAGUUUGUCAUGGUCAUUUCCAGACAGCAGCAGAUGAUUAAUUAGCAGUUGGGUAUGUAGUGUUUGACUUUAGGUUUUAUACCAAAUAUGGUAUGUACAAGCGGAAGAAAAAACUUCCUGUCAGUAUUAACUGCAAAAUCAAAUCGACCGACUAUGCAAAGAAAUCGCUUUGCCAUAUAAUGAAUGUUUUCUACUUAAAGCACCGCAGUCUUGUUCCAAUCAAGUUCACAGGCUGCCUGAUUUCAGUAUAUUGCUGCCUUGAUAUACCUGAUUAGUGCUUUAUAUGCAUCAAAUGCUAUUUUUGUAUUUGUGUGAUUUGUGAGCGACCAAACUGUAAUUGAUUUGUAGAUUUAUUUUUCUUUCACUCCCUGAGAGGAGACAAUAAGGGAACAGAAAAAUUUGUCUUAAUAUUUUGACAUGGCCUUGUGACCAGGGCCAGCACUUUUUUUUUUUCUUUUCCUUUUUGUUUUUGAGGAUCUUGAGUCACAACCAAAUGAACAAAUGCUCCGUGAUAAUCAUGUACAGUGGUGUACAAGAUAACGGUAUUUGGAGCAUUCGUAUUGCUGAUAAGGGAAUAAACAAAAGCACUAAUUUGUAUUGCUCUGCCAAAUGUUUUAUCAUCCCUGUCAUACAUAUCUUUUAGAUGGAUACGAUGUAGUUGGCCAGUGCCUUGCAAAUGACUCUUUUGGAAUCUGUGAGUUUGACACAGAUAAAAUACUCCUUGGUACUGUUAUGAUAUAACGUUGUAUUAAUGCCAUGAACAUGUGGUACGAUUGAAUGUUCUUUACAUGUCGGAGGCCUUGUUACAAACGAAUAAAAUGUACGUAAACCUUU